AAUUCUGCAUUUUAACGUAGGACAGGAAAUAUGAAAAGAGCCGGGCAGAACCCAAACAGCACCCUCGGUUAGGCCGAGGGUUCACCAGCUCCAGCGGCAAAUCAAAGGGUUUGCUUCCCUUAUCCAUCCUCCCGAGAUUUUUCCAGUGCUUUGGAAGUUGCAGUUCCUUCGCUCACAGGUUUUUAAGGAUUGGCAUUGCCGCUUCCCUCUGGAGCAGCUCUGCAGAGGGCUUUUUUCCCUCCCUUCUCUUUCAUGCUUUAUUUCCUGACUCCACAGUGGGAUGGGUUGGUUGCAAAAGAUUCUCAUUCCCUUUUUGGGAUUCGUUUUGGCCUUCUGGUUUUAUUCUGCGAGGGAUAAUUUCAAACCGGCAUUUGGAUAAAUUAAAUCCCCGUGCCUUGGUCCCCAGAGAUGCUGAAAGGGAAGCGGGUGAUCGUCACCGGGGCGAGCAGCGGGAUUGGAGAGCAGAUGGCGUAUCACCUGGCACGGAUGGGGUCCCACAUCCUCAUCACAGCUCGGACGGAGGCCAAGCUACAGAAAGUGGUGGAGCGGUGCCUGGAGCUGGGGGCAGCCUCGGCGCGGUACGUCAGCGGCACCAUGGAGGACAUGGCCUUCGCCGAGCACGUGGUGAAGGAGGCAGAGACCUCGCUGGGAGGCCUAGACAUGCUGAUUCUUAAUCACGUCGGCGCGUCGUACUUCGGUUAUUUCAAUGGGGACGUUGGGCACGUGCGGAAGCUCCUAGAGAUCAACUUCCUCAGCUACGUGGCCAUGACCGUGUCCGCCCUGCCCAUGCUGAAACAGAGUGAGGGCAGCAUCGUCGUGGUUUCAUCCAUGGCAGGUAAAGUCGGGUUUCCCUUUACGGUCCCCUACUCUGCAACUAAGUUUGCCUUGGAUGGAUUUUUCAGCUCCCUGAGGCAGGAAUUCACCAUUCAGAGCAUCAAUGUUUCCAUCACACUCUGCAUCCUUGGCUUCAUCGAUACCGAGAGCGCGGUCCGCGCCGCCGCCGACCUGCUGCUGGUGGCGCCGGCGCCUCGCGCCGAGUGCGCGCUGGAGAUCCUGAGGGGGGCGGCGCUGCGCCGGCGCGAGCUCUACUACCGCUAUGGGGCCACCCGCCUCCCGCUCCUCCUGCGCGACUGGGCCGCCGAGCUGCUCGACUACCUGGUGCGGAGCCGGUACCGGCUGGACCGACUGAGGAAGAACCCCCCCGACACCACUCCUCUCGGUACCGCUCCCCCCGCCAACUGAAGCCGGCCUUACCGGCGGCGGCCGCCGGCUCGGGGAGGGUCGCUCCGCCGGUACAACACCCUCCUCUGCCGGCGGAGAAGGGGCCGCGCAGCCGCUCCGCCCCGUCCCGCCGCUUUGCGCUUCCCAAACUCGCCAGAUUUCGGCGUUUUAGCAGAUGGCAGCGGCUCCGGGCGCGGAAGAGGAGGGUUAGGCUACCCCCCCCCCCACCCCGAGCCGCCGUGUCCCGCCUGGACGGGCCCGUCCCCAGCCCCGGACCAGGGAAAAGUAGUUACAAACUUAAUUAG